CAGGCAUUUGGCACCACACCUUGUCCAUCAGAAUCGCAUCUGUGGCUACACGAUGCCAUUACAAACUCGAGAGAUCAGACAACAGAGUGAAAGCGUAGGAAAGGAGAAACGGAAACCUGUCCGCCGUGACCCGGAGAAGAGGCGGCAACAGAACAUUCGAGCACAAAGAAAGUACCGAGAGAAGCUUCGUGAGCGUCUGGCUUAUCUUGAAGCACUUGCUGCAUCUGCAGCACAGAGCGAUGCUAUUGAACGAACAUCGACUGCGGGCACAGGCCAAUCUGAGGCGGUCACAACACAUGGCUCAUCCAGCACUCCAACCCAUAUACUUCCAAAGACUCCCCCAUCUUAUGAUGCUUCGGACAUAUCUGUUUCCAGUUUAUCUACAGUCACUCUAGGAGAAUAUCAACGAUUUAUUCCACAUUCAGAUGACACCCUAUCCUCACUGACCAUCUGGGAUUCUACACCACAUUUUCUACUGUCCGAUGACAUGUCAUCCGCACCGAGUUUAUGGGAUUCUCCAACACAUGUUGAUCCUUCCCAUCUCAUUCUUGAUAAACAAAACGACAGUCUUGGUCCAUAUUGGACCACCACCAUCGAUUGCGGCUGCCCCAGUCCACACUUCCAGAUACAGACACACGGUUCAGAUCCAUUUCGCUAUGGCGAGGUCAGGGUACUCAAAUUUAAACCGAGUGCCACAGCAGCAGAUCCGUAUGCCAACAACCUUCGCAUUGAAAAAGUCUGCACUAUAACUGCAUUAUAUGCUCUUGGAAUGCAUGUUGGCAUCACCGAGGAGAUGAUCUGUGCUGACGAAUCUUUCUCACCGUUCUUCCGGUCUAUCACGGAGUCGACAGAUGAUAUGAUCAAAGCAAAUACGAUUGGCACAGUACAGAGAAUCUUCAAAACACUGAAGCCUGACUUGAGGCCGAGUAGCGAGCAAAUUACUAUCCAGCAUCACCCAUACAUAGAUAUUCUACCCUUUCCGACACUACGAAAAAAUCUCAUCACCCAUCAGGAAGAGAUUGACGAGGAUGAGUUCUUCCUUGAUAUCCUUACCGGCUUAGUGUGUUGGGGAGGUGCAGGCAUUGGAAGGAAGGAUCGAGAAGACUCCACUGGAUAUGCUUCGACAGGUACGCCCUGGGACGUCCGUAGUUGGGAGGCAAGGGUGUGGUUUUUGAAGAAAUAUUGGACUUUGCUAGGUGGUGAAGAUGGAGAGCUUGUACGGCAAAGCGAGUGGUGGCGCAGUAUCCGAGGGGACGACACGCUGAACACGGAGGUGCAUAGCUAGCAAUAGAAUUCCGCAAUCGUUGCUAAGCUUCAGGUUACAGAUGGCCCGUGGUGUCACCAAUAUAUGCCAAGUAUACCGGACCGAGCGUAGCAUUCUCAGCAACGGGAGAUUAUUAACAACCAGCCAAUCCUGCAGCAAUAGCUAUGAGGGCAGCGGCGCUCACUGUGCAACUCACAUGUACGGAGCGGAAUUGUUGGCAGGCUCUCUACUACUAGGAUUGGCCUCGUGACAACUGACUAGGGCGGUAAAGCGAUACGAAGCACAAUGAUCUCAGUGGUAUCAGUGGUAUCAGAAUUCUAUCUACCGUGCUAUCCCCUACCAGUCUAUGAGCUCCAGUGACCAUGGUCCCUGCACGAGAAACACAGGUCACAGGUCUAACCAUAGUCCGUCCAGCAGCUAUCCUACACUUUCAGCAUCUCUAGCAUCAACCUCAAUGAAAAGUUCUCUUCACCGAACUUUGCUUCUAAGAUUCCAACCUCCCUUUCCAACUCGCCAUGCAGUUCCCUGAGAACGUCGAGCGUGUAAUCCAGACUUUUUGUCUUUUUCAUAGUUGCCAACACCUCUCGCUUGGCCUCAAUGCUGAGCUUUCCGUCUAGCCUUCUCUUCAUGAGGGAUGCCCGCAGCUGCAUUGCAUCGCCCGCAAACUUGGGCUCUGACUCAACAGUUCGGAUGCAGUGGAUCAGCGUGAAGGAGAGCUUCCCUUCAUCGAGGUCCUCGGCAAAGCCCUUCUGCUUAGCGUAGUCGGCGGAAGCGAGGUUCUGGUAGUCGUCGCGGAUCUGGAAGAAGCGCCCCACGAGGCAACU